UUGGAACUCACUGCGUGCAGUUUCUACGGCGGCAGAGAAGACGACGAAGAGGAGCAGGGCGACGCUACUACUACUACUACUUGUAAUUCAGCAACUGUACAUGUUUCUUUUGCGAAUUUCCCGAGCCUGAAGUGCCUGAAGCUGCUCCGUUGCCGGUGGAGCGGCCGCGUCAAGGUGUCGGCGCCGCAGGUGCUGGAUCUGGAGAUUUGGAAUCCGUCCUCUUGUUUUGAGAUCGGAAAACUGUCGGCCCCGAAGGUGGAAUCGUUCGCGUUUUCGGGUUACGUGCCGCGGCGGUAUCUGGACGACGACGAUGGUGAGAUCAGUUACGGCCUGCCAUCGCUCGAUCGCGCUAGCCUCCGCCUCGUUUGGGAGGAGCCGGGACGCUGUGAUGGUCGCAAGAAGGAAAGGCUGGCUCGUGCGUUCGUUGCCUUCCUGCGUUGCGUGCGCAACGCGACGUCUCUCGACUUGCGUUUUGACAGAGUACCGUUGCGGAAGUCUGACGGGGCCGUGGAAACAAUUCGAUGUUCGGCUUGGACAAAUCAAGCUGUUGGCGAAUAA